AUGGAAUUAAUUCAAAUUCUUAUAAUCUUAUUGAUCAAUCUUUUUUUUUAUAAUAAUAAUAAUAUUCCUUAUUUUCCUAAUUUAAAAUCAAUUAAGAUAAAUCAAUGUGUAUUAUCUCAAUCAUUAAUUAGAACAUUAUCUUUACUUAUUCAAUAUCAAUUAGAUCAACUUAAACUAUCAAUAGAUGAAAAUACGAUAAAAUUUAUUCGAGAUCCAGAAGAUCCACGGAGAAUUAUUCGUCAUACAAGUAAUUAA